AUGACACCGGGAACCACGGCUAUUGUCUUUAUCAGGCUGUCGGCGACCAAAGUGACAGGGGCUACGAGCAGUCCCCUUAUUUAUCCAGUCAGUGGUGGACCCGGCGGCUCCGGCAUAGAUGCGGUUUUAUCCCAAGGGGUAGAUCCGACGCAGAUCGGGCAGGGUCAGCACAACAUCGUCGGCUUUGGUCCACACGGAAUAAGCCGCAGUGGACCCGUAGUCGAUAGCUGGCCGGACUAUCCAGAAGUCCGAGCCCAGUUCGAGCAGAUGUACUACCCAGAAAUCUCCAAUGCGUUCUCAACCUUAACCGGAACCCAGUUCGCUGCCACAGAACCCUUUGGCAAAGCCUGUCCCCCGACUGUUGGAGGCUCCAAUGGGACCGCGGCCUAUGUGCGUACACCGGCUGUUGCGCGCGAUAUGCUGUCGUAUCUCCAAACCGAGCAGGCGGCUACUGGUCACUAUGACACAAAGUUAUGGUACUACAGAUGGAGUUACGGAACGGUUCUCGGCGCGACAUUCACGCGUCUCUUCCCGGGUUAUGUCGGCCGAAUGGUCCUUGAUGGUGUUGUUGACGGGGAAGACUACUACAGUCUGGGCUGGAAAUCUAAUCUCUACGAUGCUGACAAGGCAAUCAACUAA